AUGGUAGAACCUAAACGGAUCUCCGUUCAUCACGCUCUCGGCGCUGGCUUAGUUGCUGAUGUGCUGCUAUGGAAGAAUUGGCGUGGAGGAGUUGCGGUGCUGAGUUCGGCAACCACAUUGUGGUAUCUGUUUGAGCGAGCCGGUUAUAACUUCUUGUCGUUUGUGGCUAAUGUGAUUUUGCUUCUCGUCGUGAUUCUGUUUUUAUGGGCUAAAGCUGCUAAUCUUCUUAAUAGACCACUACCUCCUCUGCCUGAUCUGGAGAUCUCGGAGGAAACUAUUGGGAAGUUUGCCGAUGUACUUCAAAUUUGGAUAAAUCGGGCUUUGUCUGUUGCACAUGAUAUAGCAAUUGAGAGGAAUUUGUUGCUUUGUCUACAGGUUGUUGGUGUAUUGUUGACAAUAUCUUACAUUGGUAGUCUGUUUAACUUUCUGACUUUGAUCUAUAUAUGUGUUCUUCUUAGCUUGUCUCUUCCUGUGUUGUAUGACAAGUACCAAGAUCGAUGCGAUGAGAAGAUACACAUUGUACAUGAGGCUAUUCACCCACAUUAUCGAAAGAUUCACAGCAUUAUUUUGACCAUUAUUCCAAAUCGUGCAAAAAAAGAAAAGAAGGUGCAGUAG